AUGCCCUACCGCAAUGCGUGCCUCUGCCCCGCCCUCAGGCCAGGUACCGUGCCUCUCUGCCCCGCCCUCAGGCCAGGUACCGUGCCUCUCUGCCCCGCCCUCAGGCCAGGUACCGUGCCUCUCUGCCCCGCCCUCAGGCCAGGUACCGUGCCUCUCUGCCCCGCCCUCAGGCCAGGCACUUACGCCUGCGCGCCAUUCCGCCUGGAGGGCGAGCGGGCGGUGCAAGGGGACGGGGCGCAGGGCGGGCUUCCCCUGUUCGUGCCGCAGCCUUUCCUGGGGGACUUCAUCGUGUCACGGAAUGGGCUGGACGAGCUCACUCCGCCCACCCAAGGCAACGACACUGCCGUUCCUCUCCUCAGAAAGGGCGAGCACCGUUCGCCCAGGCAAGGGAACAACAUGUCGGUUCCCCCCCCCCUGGGCCGCCUGUGCGUGCCAUGGACUCUGAUCUGCUUCUCCUCUCUUCUGCUUUCCAUCAGCCAUCCGUUGUCUUCCUUCCCUUUGCUCCCUCCCCCUUACCCCCGCCCCCCCACACCCCCCACACCCCCCACAUCCCCCACGGUCCCCUUAUCCACCCCUACCCCCUCUUCCCCCACAACCCAUUCACCCGCCUCGUGCUGUAACCAGCACUUGCUUCCACUCUCUCCCUCUUCCACGGGUUAUCCCGUCCCCUCCUUAUUAUCACACUGCCACCAUUGCGCUCACCGAAUCAUCUCACCCCUGCCCGCCUGGUCUGCGUGCCUCUGUCCGUCCGUGUCCCCCAUCCAUGGUUCCCUUCCCUUGCCCUGUCGCAGCAACACAGUGAGCACUCUUGCAGACGAGCCACAGCGCCUCAUACAGCAUCAACAGCAGGGGCAGCAGCAGCAGGGGCGGGGGGUGCGAGGGGAGCAGCAGGGCGGGGAGGUGCGGAGGGCGGUGAUAGAGGGGCCGGGGAUGAAGUCGGUGUGGAAAGCUAUUAAGCCGCCCAAGACCAAGGGGCUGCGCACUAAAGGCCUCUUCCCCACGGCGGACAAUGUGCGGGGGCGGGUGUUCCAGAGCUGUGCAGUGGUGGGCGAGUCAGCAGCGCUCCUGGCGUUGCCCUGUGGGGCGCACAUUGACCGCCAUGAAGCCAUCUUCCGCGUGGGCGCUGCUGCUGCCAGGCCCUGGAGCGGAUUCGUGGGGUCACGGACGAGCAUCAGGGUGGUGCGGCCAGAGGAGCAGGAGGGGGCACGUGAGGUGAAGCGCGAGAUGGUGCUGGUGGCGGUGCAGUCAGAGAGGGGCAUGCGCCAGUACCUCUCCUACCGCCGCCGCAACACCACGAGCAAGCACGAGCGGCACCACUGCCUGUCGCCUGCCUUCCUCACAUACGUGCGCUCUCAGGCCCGCCACUUAGACCGCCUCAUGGGGCACACCCAUGCCGCUGCUGCUGCCGCUGCUGCUUCUGCUGCUGCUGUUGCAGGAGGAGGAGGAAAGGGAGGCGGAGAUGAGACGGGCACAGGGGCAGGCAGCAGUGCAGUGGGGGUGGAAAAGGGAGGGGGAGGAGGAGGUGAGGGAGGCAAGGAGGAGGAUGGGCUACCAGAGGCAUCGGAGGGAUGGACGGCUCUCAUGCUUGCACUCAACACGUGCAGACGGGUACUGCCUCGCUCGCACUCUCCUGCUGCCCUUUUCCCUUCUACAGUGACUGUGUACGGGUGGCCGUUGAGCGAGCAGCAAACAGCGGCGCAGAGGGGAGGAGACACGUUGCUGCUGCCGCAGUCGUAUGCCACGCGCUGCCUUGUCACCGACCACCACUCGCCCCAGGACCGCCGCCGCCUGCUCGCUGUGCUGCACACCGGUGUCGCCACUCUCGGCAUGCCCUGCGCCCUCGAGUGUCUGCAGGGCCUUGCCUCCUGCCCACAGUGCAUCGGUGAUAACCUCAG